AUGACCACUGUACCAACCACGCAGCGUGCCGUCGUUGUCGGCCCCGAGGAUGGCAGCGUCGUCGUGGCAGAGAGCAUCCCGCUGCCAGACAUUGAGCCCGAUGCAGUCCUAGUUCAGGUGUCUGCUGUUGCUCUCAACCCUGUUGACACCAAGAUGAUGCCCGGGUUUCUCAACCCUGGUAACGUGCUGGGUCUCGACUUUGCCGGCACCGUCGUUGCUGUCGGGCCGGCCCAGCCUGCCUGGCGAAGCCUGCAAGUCGGAGACCGCGUUUUUGGAUGUACAGACGGGUGCGACAGUCGCCGGCCGCGCGUUGGCGCAUUUACCCAGUUCACCGCCUGUCGCGGCUCUAUCCUCAUCAAGAUGCCCGACCACAUGUCCUUUGCCACGGCCGCCUCCAUGGGCAACGCCAUCUUCUCGUCCGGCUUCGCGCUCUUCCACUCGCUGCAGCUGCCGGGCUCGCUCACCGCGACCGCGGAAAAGUCUCACUGGGUGCUCAUCUACGGCGGCGCGACGGCGACAGGCACCAUGGCGCUGCAAUUCCUCCGGCGCGCCGGGCACAAGCCCAUCGCCGUCUGCUCGGCGAAGCACUUCGACAUGGCCAGGGAGUACGGUGCCGUGGCCGCGUUUGACUACCACUCGGAAAGCCACGUCCAGGAGAUUCGGGACCUGACAAAAAACGCGCUGAGCUUUGCGUUUGACUGCGUGACGACGCAGUCGAGUGUCCUGGCGUGCGAGGAGGCCAUGGGACGCCUCGGCGGCCGCUACACGGCGCUGGAUCCGUUUGACCCGACGCUGGUCAGUCGCAAGGCGGUGAAGCUGGACUGGAUCCUUACACUGACCCUCAUGGGACGUGGCUCGGUCUGGCCCAAGCCGUUUGGCUGCGAACCCGACGAGGCACUGCUGACAUGGGGCACAAAGCUGGCCGAAGUGGCCGAGGGUGUGCUAGCCGAAGGCGAUCAUGUUCUGAAAGCACAUCCAAUGCGCAUCAUGGAAGGGGGGCUUGAUGCCAUUCCAUCCGGCAUUGACGCGAUACGGCAAGGCCAGGUGCGAGGGUUCAAGUUGGUGUACUUGCUCUAG